GUGAAGCUGUUUCAGCUCAGGAUCAGUCCACCUCAAUAUCAGCUAGCAAGUACACGUCUAAAAUAUAAACCUGAAAAAAUUAUACGUUAACUAAUCAGUUUUUCGCCGGUUUUUCACCCCCUAAAACUGCGUUUCCAAAUCGGUUUUUUAAUACAACUUUUUGUGAGAUAUUUUUUAACGAUUGGAAUUUUAAGCUUCGAUCCUUGACGAACCGCGAAAAUGCGUGAAAUAGUGCACAUUCAAGCCGGACAAUGCGGCAACCAGAUCGGCGGAAAAUUCUGGGAGGUAAUCUCAGAUGAGCACUGCAUAGACGCGACAGGAACGUAUUACGGGGACAGUGAUCUGCAGCUGGAGCGCAUCAAUGUCUACUACAAUGAGGCAACGGGUGCGAAGUACGUUCCGAGGGCCAUUCUGGUGGACCUGGAACCCGGCACCAUGGAUUCAGUGAGGUCUGGAGCCUUUGGACAGAUCUUCCGACCGGACAACUUUGUGUUUGGCCAAUCUGGAGCCGGAAACAACUGGGCCAAGGGUCAUUAUACGGAAGGAGCUGAACUGGUGGACUCUGUUUUGGAUGUGGUGCGAAAGGAGUCGGAGGGAUGCGAUUGUCUGCAGGGCUUCCAGCUGACCCACUCGCUGGGUGGUGGCACCGGCUCCGGAAUGGGAACCCUGCUGAUCUCCAAGAUCCGAGAGGAGUAUCCCGACCGCAUCAUGAACACCUUCUCGGUGGUGCCCUCGCCCAAGGUGUCCGAUACAGUGGUGGAGCCCUACAACGCCACCCUAAGUGUGCACCAGUUGGUGGAGAACACCGAUGAGACGUACUGCAUUGAUAACGAGGCGUUGUACGACAUCUGCUUCCGCACUCUUAAGCUGACCACGCCCACGUAUGGUGACCUGAACCAUUUGGUUUCGGCCACAAUGUCCGGGGUGACCACCUGCCUGCGAUUCCCUGGCCAGCUCAACGCCGAUCUGCGAAAGCUGGCGGUGAACAUGGUGCCCUUCCCCCGACUGCACUUCUUCAUGCCAGGCUUUGCUCCCCUUACCUCCCGAGGAUCGCAGCAAUAUCGGGCUCUUACCGUUCCCGAAUUGACCCAGCAGAUGUUCGAUGCCAAGAACAUGAUGGCUGCCUGCGACCCGCGACAUGGUCGCUACCUGACGGUCGCCGCCAUUUUCCGAGGUCGCAUGUCCAUGAAGGAGGUGGACGAACAGAUGCUGAACAUCCAGAACAAGAACAGCAGCUUCUUCGUCGAGUGGAUCCCGAACAACUGCAAGACGGCGGUGUGCGAUAUCCCACCCCGAGGUCUAAAGAUGUCGGCCACUUUCAUCGGAAACUCCACCGCGAUUCAGGAACUUUUCAAACGUGUUUCGGAGCAGUUCACGGCCAUGUUCAGGCGAAAGGCUUUCCUGCAUUGGUAUACCGGCGAGGGAAUGGACGAAAUGGAAUUCACAGAGGCGGAGAGCAACAUGAACGAUUUGGUCUCAGAGUACCAGCAGUACCAGGAGGCCACCGCCGACGAGGAAGGCGAAUUCGAUGAGGAUGAAGAGGGCGGCGGCGAUGAAUAAGGAGUUUCUUUUAACAGGGGAUCUAAAAACUACAGCUAACACGUAAACCAGCCAACCAAACCAGCAACAAAACAAUGCUAGCGGACUACCUAUUCAUUCGAUGGCAAUUAUUUUCCUUCGCUUAGAACCCUUAAUUCAAUUGUACAUAAAUCCAACAAGGAUUUUUUCGAGAUUUUACCUUGUUUCUCUUGCUGCAUUUGCAUUUGUGAUAAACCCAUAAAAUGACAAUUAUAUGCACACAAACCCUUGCAAUCAGAAAUAAAAAUAAAUCAACUAUAAACUUAAA